UCUCUAUAUAUGUUAGAAAUAACUGUUGCUUAACGCCUCUCCCAGGAGCCUCCGCACCAAAACCACACACUUUGCGUUUCUCACUCUUCCCUUCAGACCAAACAGAUAUUUUCUCUCUUUCUCUCGCUACCACCUCAAUGGAGAGUCCCCAUUCGCUCUCUCCCUCGUCUUCCUCCUCGUAUUCCUCCGACGGAGUCACUUUCGACACGGAGGAGCCGCGGACACCGCUCGCCGUGCGCCGCGCCCUGCAACUCAUCAACUCCGGCGAGCCCCACCUCUGCCUUCAAGCCGCUCGUGAAAUCCGCCGACUCACCAAGACGUCCCAACGUUGUCGGCGCCAACUUUCUCAGGCUGUCGGUCCACUCGUCUCCAUGCUCCGAGUCGACUCGCCCGAGUCACACGAAUCCGCUCUCCUCGCCUUGCUCAACCUCGCCGUCAAGGACGAAAAGAACAAAAUCAAUAUUGUGGAGGCUGGUGCAUUAGAACCGAUAGUUAGUUUCCUGAAGUCUCAAAAUGUAAAUCUGCAGGAGUCUGCAACUGCAUCAUUGCUCACACUAUCUGCCUCUUCGACCAACAAACCAAUUAUCAGUGCUUGUGGUGCCAUUCCUCUUCUUGUAGAGGUCCUUAGAGAUGGAAGCCCCCAAGCUAAAGCUGAUGCAGUAAUGGCUCUUUCUAAUUUAUCAACUCACCCUACUAAUCUCAGUACCAUUCUCGAGACAAACCCAAUCCCUUUCAUAGUUGAUCUUCUUAAAACCUGUAAAAAGUCCUCAAAAACAGCUGAAAAAUGCUGCGCUUUGAUAGAAUCCUUGGUGGAUUAUGACGAGGGCAGAACUGCCCUGACAUCUGAGGAAGGCGGGAUUCUGGCAGUUGUGGAAGUUCUUGAAAGUGGCACUCUCCAAAGUAGGGAGCAUGCUGUUGGAGCACUGUUGACAAUGUGCCAAAGCGAUCGAUGUAAAUACCGGGAACCAAUUCUAAGAGAAGGUGUCAUUCCAGGACUUCUUGAGCUUACUGUUCAAGGGACACCUAAGUCUCAGUCAAAAGCACGCACCCUUUUGCAGUUACUGCGAGAGUCUCCUUAUCCGAGAUCUGAAAUUCAACCUGACACUCUGGAGAAUAUAGUGUGCAACAUCAUAUCACAGAUUGAUGGGGAUGAUCAAUCUGGUAAAGCAAAGAAGAUGCUGGCUGAGAUGGUUCAAGUAAGCAUGGAACAAAGUCUGAGACAUUUACAACAAAGGGCUCUCGUCUGCACCCCAAGUGAUCUUCCUAUCGCUGGCUGUGCUUCUGAAGUUUCUUCAAAAUGAUAGUUGCCGCUGGCCAACUCUGCCUCUUUCUCAGUUUUCUUCACCUUUUUUUGUCUCUGCA